CCCUACUCCCUCCUCCCCUCACCGCCAUCCGCUGAUCGUCCUCCCCCCCCCCCCCCCCCCCCCCCCCCCCCCUCUCCUGCACUUCCCUCCCUCCCUGCACCCCACCCUAUCACCAUUCUCCCCAACCCACCGCCACCUCUCUCUCUCCCUCCCAACCCUACCCCACCAAGUUUGCCGCCCUUCUCCCCUCCUUCCCUCCCCCUCGGCGAGUACGGGAUGAUGGAGGUUCUCAAAACAAUCGACGGCGAUGGUCAUCCCUUUAUCUCCGACCCUCUCGCCUCAAUGGUAUUGUUUUUGUCGCAUUGGUAUUGAUUUUAUUAUAUUGGUAUAGUUUUUGUCGCAUUGGUAUUGAUUUUAUUAUAUUGGUAUAAUUUUUGUCGCAUUGGUAUUGAUUAUCAUGUAAUGGUAUUAAUUUGCAUGUAUUGGUAUUGAUUAAAUCUGCAAUGGUAUUGGUUUUUGUGAAAUGGUAUAGAUUUAUAUUGGUACAUUGUUUAUAUUGGUAGUUUUCGUGUAAUGGUAUAGAUUUAUUUUUGUAAUGGUAUUGAUAUUUUUUUUUAAAAUGGUAGUGGUUGUCUAAUGGAUUGGUAGUGAUUUUAUGUUUUUUUUUUCCUUUUGCAGAAAUAUUGAGAAAAAUAAGGAAAUGAGAUAUGGCUGGAAAUUAUCGAAGUGAGAGAAAUAAAGAGUAUUGUAAUUAAUAUAUUUUUGUAAAUACCUAAAAUAUAAUUUAUUAAAAAAGUUAAUUAAUAUAAUUUAUUUUUUCAUACCCAAUUUACCCUUAGUAACCAUGGUGAUUACUACUUUCUAGUAUUCACAGUAACAGCUCCCGAGCUAAGGGUUUGAGACGAUGGUGACCAAAUGGAUUAAGGCACUAGGCGUUCAAGUUGAGAACGCUUCGUGUCACCAUAAACCACAUGAGCAACAAUACAACUUUGUGGCGAAUAGCUGAUGAAUGAAGUAGGGGUGGUUAUAUGGUCUGGUCAGGUUAAAUUGACUCGAAUUGAUGAUCCGGUCUCCGUCCCAUCUUUUCGGGAAUGUAAGGACCAAAGAUUAGAUUGGAUAUAGUCCAGUUUUGAUCCGGUCCGGUCUCAAUCCGGUCUUGAUUUUAGAUUGAGCUUGUGGGGAUUUGAGUGGUCUGAGGACUUAAAGGGUGAGGAGUUGGUUAAGUUUGGGUAUUAGUCUCUCUUAUCCGGUUUUCGAUCCGGUUCCAAACGGUUUUUUACCUCAAAUCUAAGCCCGAAUAUUGGAUGUAAUAGUUUGCUAUCCGGUUCCAGUCCGAGUUAUAUGGUCCGGUUUCGGAUAAAACCAAAUAGUCCGGACCAAAUAUCCAGUCCCAGUCCUAGAAUGAAGGCAUCCACAGAAUAGAGUCAGCAUGACGUAAAAUCUUUUUUUUUUUUUAAUCUUUGCAUGUCUAGGUGAAGUGGAGCUCAAGGAGGGUCAUCUCAUUCCAAACUAGUGAUACCAAUUACAUUACAUGCUUAGUAAACAUCGUAGAUGACUAUGUGAAUGUAUCAUCAACACAAGGUAUGAUUGUUUAAAGUGAUAAAUGACUGAUUACGGGAUGGGAUUAGGUGCUAACUCUUAUAGGGGUUAGCACCGUGAUAACUAGCAAAAAUCACUACGUAUUAUUAUAAAAUCAAUACAACAUCUAAGCUAAAUCACUACUAAUUCAAACUAGUAGUAGUUUUUCUCUUGGUUAGGACGGUGCUAACUAUUGUACAAUUAGCACCGUAGCCGUUCCCACUGAUUACGGAAUGAGUUCUAUUUCUAUAAUUAGAGAUCAAAGUUCAUGACUUCAUAAUUAAUUUAAGUACGAGGAACGACCAAUCAUAACGUCAUAAUCUUGUCCUUCGUCACCGCGUUACUAACAUCGAGGUGGUAAAUCCGCUAAGAAUUUACCGAUCAGGUCUGGAUGCUCUCUGCUGCCUGCCUCAGACUGCCACUAACUAGUUAGCUCAACAAACAUAUCCAAUACAGUGAAACCCGUUGAGAACGGAGCCAACCCAGUUAGGUUGAGGCCUGGGCCCAUACAAGAGCAGGCCCUUACUUUCAAAGACCAUACAACAAAUCCAGCCUAAAGCCCAUAAAAGGCCCAGCCCAUUCCGAACGGCUUGCUUCCGUCCACUUUCACUUGCAGAACAACAGAACAGAGUCCUCCCCGACGAUUCCGACAAGGCAACAACAACGUACAACAACCAAAACCCCGGGCCCUCCCUCGUUUUCACCGGCGAUCGACACACUUUCCCCCCCGACGAUGGCUGCCUCUCCCACAACGUACUGCUCUUCUCCCGCCCUCGGCGGCUCCCUGCCUCCCGGCAGCAGUUCUGCUUCCUCGGUUUUCUCCACCCGGACGUUUUUCCGGCCCGUUUUCUCCACUGACGCACCGCCGCUCCCGAGGUUCGCCGUCUCCGUUCAAUCCCGGAAUCCCGACGGUUCCAGCGGGCGUGGGCCGAUCAAUUCGGCGUUUGAGGCGGAUUUGGCGGAGACAGAAUCGUCGUCGUCGUCUUCGGUCUCCUCGUCCAUUGAUUUUCUAACCUUCUGCCAUCGUUUGAAGACCACGAAGAGGAAGGGAUGGAUUAAUCAUGGGAUUGAUGGCGCUGAAUCGAUUGCUGAUCAUAUGUACCGCAUGGCUCUCAUGUCUCUGAUCGUCGGUGACAUUCCCGGUGUCAACAGAGAAAGAUGUAUAAAGAUUGCAAUCGUCCAUGAUAUUGCUGAAGCUAUUGUUGGAGAUAUAACACCAUCUGAUGGUGUGCCGAAGGCAGAAAAAAGCAGGCGUGAGCAGGCAGCAUUGAAAGAAUUGUGCAAAAUGCUUGGUGGAGGAAUGAGGGCUGAAGAGAUCAAAGAGCUAUGGUACGAGUAUGAAAAUAAUGCUUCCUUGGAGGCUAACCUUGUCAAGGAUUUUGACAAAGUUGAGAUGAUUUUGCAAGCAUUGGAAUAUGAAACUGAACAUGGGAAGCUGUUGGAUGAAUUUUUCAUUUCAACUGCAGGGAAGUUUCAGACUGACUUGGGAAAAAGUUGGGCAGCUGAGGUCAUCUCCAGAAGGAAGUCCCAAGAAGGCAACUAGCUAUAAGCUGAUCUCCUUAUUACCCAUGCGGUCCUUACUCUCAUUACAUGCUGGGCCAAGGUUUUUGGAUGCAACUCUCACAAUCACCAAACUCUUUAUGGAAACUACUGGUCGAAGGAUCGAUGAUCCGUGAACGGGAAAAAAUGAGGCAUUUGGCACGAGUAAUGGCGAUCUGUGGAAAGAAAUGUGAGGGAGAAUCCUGCAGUAGUAAGUAUUAACAUCAUACACUCACCGGUUUCGGAACUCCGGACGUUGUUCAACCAUUUAUCAUGUGCUAACAUAGCAGCUGACUACUUGCCUUAAAAAGCAAACUAUGCAUUAUUAAGUUUCCUCAUCGAUGGCGCAUCAUGUGAGUUGUGACUGUGUAAACCAAUUUUUGUGAUCAUGGUUAUGUUUCUUCUCAUUGUGAAGGUUGAGCAAUAAGGAAUCUGUGUUUUGAUAUUGUUGCUUAAAAUAGGAGUCCUUUCCUGCAGAGCUUGUGUUCAUUGAAUGUCCAACCAAGGACAUCAUCAGUAUAGAGAAAAGCACAGAUCUUUUCCCAUAGUGUCUGUCCUAAUUUUAGGAUGAUAACUUGAAACAUCAAUCUUCGUAACCUCUAAAAUCAGCCAUUUAUAGUAGAACUAAACAUUUCUUUAUGAGGGAGGAGAGGUUCUUAUUUUAUAAUCAGCUGAAGUUCCAUCCAGCACAAAAGGCAAAACUUGACUGGGGCACCUCUCGUGUCAUCACAACAUUAAUCUAUUAGUUGACAUAUGAUAGAAUAAAUAAUAGAUCAAGUU